GCGCUUGAACAGAACAACCUGCAGAAAUGGGUCGCUACACUGGGAAAAGCUGCCGCUUGAGUUUCAUGUUGGGGAUAAUGUCGGUGUUCUUUACAGCAGAAAUAGUUGGAGGAUACGUAGGAAACUCCAUAGCACUAAUAUCGGACUCCUUCAACAUGCUGUCCGACAUCAUAUCGCUCUCUAUGGGCUUGUUAGCCGCUCGCGUUAGACGACGUAACGGGUCGAGGCGCUUCACUUAUGGCCUGGCCCGAGUGGAGGUCGUAGGUGCGCUGUCCAACGCCGUGUUCCUGUCUGCCCUGUGCUUCACCAUCGCUGUGCAGGCACUGAAGCGGAUCAUUGAGCCAGAGCGCAUCGACAAACCAAGGCUGGUGCUGAUCGUCGGCUCAAUCGGUCUGGGCAUUAACAUUGUGGGACUUGUCAUCUUCCAAGAUUUCAGGAUGUUGUUGAGGAAACUUAAAUGUCAAUCUGACACUGAUGAAGAAACAGGUCAUCCACAACAGAGAGAUGUAGAAGGAGAAGAACCAACAGAGGAAGAAGGUCAACCACUCAAUAUUAGAGGAGUGUUACUCCACGUGCUGAACGACGCCAUGGGCUCACUUGUGGUAGUGGUGACUGCAACUUUGUUCUAUGUGUGGCCGGUGGAUGCGGAAGGUCCCUGCACCUGGCAGUGCUAUGUGGACCCCAGCAUGACUCUGGUGAUGGUAGGCAUCGUCAUUUUCUCAGGGGCUCCUUUGGUUAAAGAGGCGGCCUGCAUACUGCUGCACAUGAUCCCUCGCGACAUCAACUUCUCAAAAGUCGUGGAGGAUGUGUGCAGACUUCCUUGCGUCAUCAGUGUUCACGAGGCCCAUAUGUUCGAGCUGACGAAGGGUCGUUUUGUGGCCACCUUGCACGUCAGAGUGAGCCCUGAACUCCAUAACUCCCACUCUGGAGUCAUUACUCUCCACAGGCAGAUCAGAGAGGUGUUCCACAAAGUCCGGAUCCACAGCGUGACCGUUCAGCUGGAGCUGGGAGAAGGGAUCUUAAACAACUGCCGCUGCAGCACCCCCUGCCUGUCCCCAUCCUGCCUCAAAAACUCCUGCUGCCAAGCUGAUGUCCCAGCACUUUCAGUCUGCAAGGCCAACCUGCCUCUUUACCCUGGAGACCUGUCUGUAAAUGAAUGUGAUAAGAGCAUACUGAAAGAACAGGAAGCAAUGAUGUCCAGCAAAUUUGCAGCAGUCACUAAGUUUUAACUAGUCUCUCACUGAGGUAAAAAUGUAGUCUGUGGAAGCUUUGACUUGCUCUGUAAGUUCAGAGACA